AUGCUCCGUAAUGUUUUCUCCUUCCUCCUCGUUCGCAUGCAACAGGAUACGCCAUCCAUUCUACUCAUCACUAUCAUUAUCAACAUUGGACAACAGUUAUCCAUGGCUCCCAUACUCUUCAGGGCAUCGCCCAUCGACCCGGCGCUUCGCUCACCAGCAUCACCGGAUCCCUCGUCCCGCGAUCUUGCCAGUUACAGCACGUCUCUGCCAGCGGACGGGCGCAAGACCCCUCAACUUCCCUCUGCGUCUGAGAUAGCUCACUCGUUUGGAAACCCCGAUUCCACGCCACCAUCGACUACGUUACCACCGCUCGACUCGAGAUCGGAGAUCCUCGGUCUGCCUCGAAGCAAUUCAGGCACGACUUCGCUGCCAGGGCUGUCAGCAUUGGCAUCGGUUGCAAUUGCGCCGACCUCAGACCUCAGUCUGAGCAUGUCGUACGCCACGUCUUCGCCAGCCGCUACCACCGGAGGCCAGGGCAACACUCCGCCCGUGUGCCAGAAUUGCGGGACAUCAACCACUCCCCUCUGGCGCCGAGAUGAGCUGGGCUCCGUUCUCUGCAACGCAUGCGGUCUUUUCUUGAAACUACACGGUCGCCCACGACCGAUCAGUCUCAAGACCGAUGUUAUUAAAAGUCGCAAUCGGGUAAAAACUGCUGGGCAGGCCCCGAAACGCAAGUCUGGAGGGGGAUUGGAACCGAAUGGCUUAUCGUCGUCGAGAUCAGAGGCCGGCACACCGCCUCUGGGAGCACAGGGCUAUCGUCGCGCAUCUCGAAAGAUGUCUCCGGGGCAUUCGGAUCGCUCGAACUCGCCCGUGUCGCGAACAGAUACCCCAGGAAUGUCGUCUCUUCAUCAACACAAUUCUAAUAUCGCGCCGCAGCACAUGUUUGAUAGUGUAACCCUCGGCGACUCAAGCUUCAAUCCGGCCAACACACUCCCGGCAUUGCAGCUUCGACAACCGUCCCCGGGCUCCACAUCUUCCAUGAUCGAUCGACAUCUUGAAGUACCACAAACAUAUGAAGGGCUACUUGCCGCAAAUACAUCUCUCAAGACUCGCGUGAGUGAACUUGAAGUUAUCAAUGAGCUCUUCCGCGGUCGCGUCGCGGAACUUGAACAGAGCGACGCUACUGCGCGUCGCUCCGAGAUGAUUGCGCGUGAUUCAGAAGCGAGGCUACGUCGGUCCCUGGAAGAUUCUCAGCGUCGCGAAGAUGACAUGAAACGCCGUAUCAGUGAAUUAGAGCAGCAGCUUUCAGAUCACUCCGGCUCUGGUCCCUUUCAAGGCAAUGGUUCAAGUGAACCGGCCAUGAAGAAGAUUCGCCUAUCGGAUGUAGUUGAUUAUGAGGCAGUAAAUGCCCCAAAGUCUCCUAAAACUACAUAA